AUGCUAGGCCCGGGAGUCAAUGGUGAACAGAUGAUUGACCUCCUGUGCACAAACAGACACAUUCAUGCUUCCGCAUGCCCCCAAACAACACAACUGCAUACACACAGGCACACAUAUACACAAAUAUGCCCGAUUCGUACAAUUGCUCAAACCCUUAGCUACACACCUACCACUCCUACAGCUCCUCCAUAUAGGCCCAACCCCACCUGA